AUGUCAGGAAAAGUUUAUAAUAGUAAUAAAUGGCCAGUCGACUUUCUAUCCUUGCUGCUUCUUGCGUCUUUCUUCUUCUUCUUCUUCUUCUUCUUCUUCUUCUUCUUUUCUUCUUCUAUCUAUCUAUCUAUCUAUCUAUCUAUCUAUCUAUCUAUUAUAUCUAUCUAUCUAUUUUUCCUAUCUAAAAUUCAUGUGAAUUUAUCUAUCUAUCUAUCUAUCUAUCUAUCUAUCUAUCUAUCUAUCUAUCUAUCUAUCUAUGCCUUAGCUUAUGCAUAUCCAUCUAAGCCUAUUCAUCUAUCUAUCUAUCUAUCUAUCUAUCUGACUUCGCCUACCUAUCCAUGUCUAUCUAUCUAUGUAUCUAUCUAUCUAUCUAUCUAUCUAUCUAUCUAUCUAUCACAGUCUAUUCAUUCCUAUCUAUCUAUCUAUCUAUCUAUCUAUCUAUCUCUGCGUGUACGUCUGUACACUGAUGCUUGGUUUAUAGAUGAUAAGAAAAACGUAUAA